UUUGAAGUCUCAUCUGCAUUUACUGAGAUGGAUUGUUCCACUCUCUGGUUUGGCUUGUUCGUGCAGUUUCUUGCUGCUGUUGAAAUUGAAGUUAACAUUUUUAAUCAGCAGGCAACGGCAUUUGGGGGCAUCUUUAGGAAGAUGAUUGAGUCUUCUUGUCAAUCUUGUCUAUUCAGGCAACGGCAUUUGGGGGCAUCUUUAGGAAGAUGAUUGAGUCUUCUUGUCAAUCUUGUCUAUUCUGCUCGGUUUUUCUUAAUAGGUGUCGAGAAGAUAGGACAAUUACGUAUUGCUUUGACAACGGCAGUCGGGCGUGCAAACUUCCCUUGGUGGAAAUUAGUCAUGGUAUGCAUUCAUAAGGUCCACCAACUGGCAGUAUGGAACACCAGUCAAAGCAAUUUUGUGCUGGAAUUAGAUGGAUGGUGUGCAUAAAUUCUCUGCAAUUUCUCAAAGGAAAAGAAAGGUGAAUAGCAACUCAAAAUUCUUCAGAGGCAAAGAAUAGCCGACCACAAUUCUUCUGCCUUCCAUCAGUUUCUUCUUUAAUCCAAAUUCAAAAAUUAAAAGAAAAGCUCCUCACAACAGAAAAAUAAACAAGGAGGAAUCAACAAAGGAACAUUGUCAAAAAAUGAAGAGACGGUCUUUAGGAUCGUCCUCCAGGCCCUCGCCAACAAUUCUUCCACAUAAAACGCCAAGGCUUAGAGACCAUUACAAUAUAGGGAAGAAAUUGGGGCAGGGACAGUUUGGCAUAACGUUCCGUUGUGUGGAAAAAGCCACAGAUAUUGAAUAUGCAUGCAAAUCCAUUCCAAAACGCAAGCUUCUAUGCAAGGAAGAUUGUGAUGAUGUUUGGAGAGAGAUUCAAAUAAUGCACCAUUUGUCUGAGCACCCAUCUGUGGUUAGAAUCAAAGGGACUUAUGAGGACACCAUGUUUGUACAUUUGGUCAUGGAGUUAUGCAGUGGGGGAGAACUUUUCGACAGAAUCAUUCGGAAAGGACAUUAUAGUGAAAGAGAGGCUGCUCGCCUCAUGAAAACCAUUGUCGGAGUGGUGGAGUCUUGCCAUUCUCUAGGUGUCAUGCAUAGAGACCUCAAACCUGAGAAUUUCCUUUUUGAUUCACCUCACGAGGAUGCAAAGCUUAAGGCAACAGAUUUUGGUUUAUCUGUUUUCUAUAAGCCAGGCCAAUAUCUUUCUGAUGUUGUCGGAAGUCCUUACUACGUUGCGCCUGAAGUGCUGCGUAAGUGUUAUGGGCCAGAAGCUGAUGUGUGGAGUGCCGGUGUCAUUCUCUACAUUUUAUUGUCUGGGGCUCCACCUUUUUGGGCAGAAACGGAUAAUGGGAUCUUCAAACAAAUCUUAGAGGGAAAGGUAGAUUUUCAAUCUGAGCCAUGGCCUCACAUUUCAGACAGUGCCAAGGACCUAGUAAGGAAGAUGCUCGAAAAAGACCCCAAAAGCAGAAUUUCUGCUCAUGAAGUUUUAUGCCAUCCUUGGAUUGGGGACGACACAGUUGCCCCAGACAAGCCAUUAGGAUCUGCUGUUCUGUCUCGGUUAAAGCAGUUCUCUGCCAUGAACAAACUGAAGAAGAUGGCUCUGCGUGUUAUUGCAGAAAGACUGUCUGAAGAAGAAAUAGGUGGACUCAAAGAGCUGUUCAAAAUGAUCGAUACAGACAACAGUGGAACAAUAACAUUUGACGAACUCAAACAAGGUUUGAAACGAGUAGGUUCCAACAUAAUGGAAUCAGAGAUCAAGGCACUAAUGGAUGCAGCAGAUGUAGACAGCAAUGGAGCCAUUGACUAUGGUGAAUUCCUAGCUGCAACCUUACACCUGAACAAGAUGGAAAGGGAAGAAAAUCUGUUAGCUGCCUUCUCUUUCUUCGACAAGGAUGGCAGUGGCUACAUAACCAUGGACGAGCUGCAGCAGGCCGCCAAAGAGUUUGGACUGAUAGAUGCCCAGCUUGAUGAAAUCAUUAAAGAAAUCGACAUGGACAAUGAUGGGCGCAUAGACUAUGGGGAAUUUGCUACAAUGAUGAAGGGCAACCCAGGUCUUGGUGUUUCAAGAUCCAUGAGAGGGAAUCUAAACUUCAAUUUGGCAGAUGCCUUUCAAGGGAAAAACAAUGUGGGAGAGUAAAAUCUCUGCCUCUUUGUGUGUUUCUUGACGUGUAACUUUUGGAUCUGUUCUUCCCAUACACUCACUGUUCAUUAUAUGAUUGGUGUCAUGAAAGGAAAUUCAAGAUAAGUUCCUUUGCAGAUGUGUAUUAAGGACACAGGAUUCUUCUGUUUUAUCCACAUGAUUACAUCAGCCAAUGAUAUUAUUAACAUACUUCUUGAAGCCUUUGUAAAAAUUGAACUGCUACUUA